UUUUUUUUUCCUUUUUCUUCUUUCUUCUUUCUUUUUCGUUGUUCCCUUAAUCUCAAGCCUCAGACCACAUCUACCAUCAUCGUUCUCCCUUGCCCAAACCACCACCAGCUCUCUAUAUUAGUUUUCCUCGCCCAAUUCACGCUGAUUCUCCCUUGUCCAGAUCUCUUCGCCGAUUCUCUUCUCAACCCACUCACUCACUCACUGUGUUCUAUUUUAGAUCUGAAUUUUUUGGGCAUCCAAACAAACAAAAUAGUCUUUGAUCUCUUCAUUACACUCAAAAUCACUCAAAAUCAGAAAACAAUGGAGUCUCUCAUCUCUCAAUUCACCCUUCUCUCAGAUCAUGCUCUUAACGACAAGAACUUCGACCCAUCCACCAUCGAAGACCUAAUGAAGCUCUUCGAGGUCGAAGCUUACAGAUCCUGGGCCGCCUUGGAGCUCGAAAGCCACCACAAAACGGAGGAAGCCGAGAUCGCCUUGGAAGAAGCAGAUGAACAGCUCGAAUCGGCCAUGGAAGCCGCCAUGAACGAGUUCAGAAUAUUCGAGCAAGAAAUGGAGAGAAUGGCGGAGGAGGAGCUUAACAGCUUGGAAGCCAAAGCCGAAGGAGCCAGAAAGAUGGGUACGUUGAUGGAGAAGGCUGGGGUUUGAUGGGGCUAAUUUUAGGGGCUAGGGUUUCAAAGAUGAAGAAGUUAGAGAGUGAAGAAGAAGAAGGCGUGAAGAGAGAAGAAAGAAAAGAAAAGAAAAAAAAAAAGAAA